AUGGAUAAAGCUGCCUUCGCGGCAAAACGUCGGCAAGACAAGUUGCACAAGAAACCACCACCGCCAAAACAGACCAAGCAAAAGAGCAAACAAAAGGCACCUGAAGUGCAACACACCGCACCACUCGUUGUCUACGACGAUCGGUACGGUAAGCGUCAACUGCAACAAAACUGGACCAAAGACCGGGAUUUACCUUCGAGCGACAGUGACGCGGACGACGGGCAACUGCAAGCAGCAGACUUUGAGAAGCUGCUCGAACUUCCUCCAUCGAGUGCGAAUCACUUUCUUCUCAGUUCGGAAAAACGUUGGCUGCAACCGGACACGGAACUUCCAGGAGACGAUGAAAAGAAUGACUACAGUGAGUACUUCCGAAUCGAUACUAAACUGCUGAACGCCAGUUUGGGGUGUAUCCCGUUCUACGAAAGACACGGCUAUGACCCUGAACUGUUUAGCACACUGGAAAUCAACUUAAUGCGACAGAAGGCAGAGAUAAAUACAAAGCAAUAUCAGCAAAAGUUUGCGGACCAGCUCUCUUCGCAUACACAGUCAGGUCCAGUUUCCCGGAGUAACAAGGAGAAUAUGCCUCUGCCGAAGAAACCUUCACCAACGCCGUGUUUAGUUGGUGCGUUUGCAAAACCGAAGGAUGAUAGUACCACCAUUAAGAGUCCAGUGACGAAACAUGUGCCUGUAGAUAUGAUAUCGAUUAAUCCUAUAGAAACAAAAAUGAGUGAACUGGAAAUUCAUCCAGAACAGAGAGAAAAGGUCGCUGAAGUUAUGCCUACUUCUGUCCCAACUGUUCAACCAGUCGCGACAAAGCCAAACUCUAGCUCAACGAAUGACACAAAGGAAGAUAUUCAACAGUGGCUGGAUGAUAUAUUGGACAUUUAA